UCAUAUCAUUGGCUGCCAGAUUUUCAAGCUUGGUAUCGACCUUCAGCUGGGCCACCGAGAAAGGACACUACUAAGUCUAUCGCUAGUUCCAUCACCGAGGUUGACGAUUACGUCGGACAAUCUGAACCGGACCAUUACCUACAACUAUAUCCGAGUGAUCUCGAUGUCUUGAUACUACAAGCCUCUCUAACAGAGUUCAUUCGCCGCUUCAACCCAUAAAACCUUCAAUAUCGCUCUUAUUCCAGUCGAUAACAACCUAGACCGGGCCAUCCGUGGAGGACAGUGUAUACGAGCUGGUCUCGAACAUUGCCACACCUGACAUCCACUGCAACCAUCAGGGGUCAACUAGUGCUUCCAUACGACAUACCAUUCGAAAUCAAAGCACUUUGUCGAUCUACUUCGAUACACGAAAACACAAACCAAAGUCAGACGGAAAUCGAGAUCAGGACGAUGGAAUUCGUGCUCCCCGGCAUCGAGACGGUCGAGGUCGAGGCACCGCAGAGCAUUUCAUUAGACGACGAAGAAAAUGUGGAAACCGAUAGAAUAGGGGAGAGUGGAGAGAAGGACGACCCGGUCGAGAGUCAGGUCAAGGCGGUCUAUGAACGACGCCGGUUAGCCCAGUUGGUAGCUGCCAAGAAAAAGUUACGUUCGUUCAGACAACAGAAAGCAAAGAAACUGCUGCCUAGUCCGGUGAUCGAUCCGUCUCCCGAGGUUGACGAGCGGGAAACGUCAAUACGGAUGGCGGACAAUUCCGAUCGAGAAGAAGAUCCCCCAUCUAGCUCCAGCCAUCAACGACCGGUCACCCCGAUGUUUCUCGCGCCUUCGUGGAACGCUCCGGCGUCCAGUUCGGGAUCGGGGUCGCAUUCAAGAGCUCGAUCGAAGUGUCUCACCCCGAUGGAUUUGGCGCUCGUAUCUCCCUCACCUCAGCCCGCCAAUAUGAAUCAGGAUCAUAACCAGGAUCCGGGGUCUAUGCUGUUGGGUACGAAGGGCUUGAGCACGGGUGCUAGCGAGACGAGGCUGGCAGGGAGAAGGAAGAGAGAGGCUUUGAAGCCAAUUAGGGUACAAGAGAUGGGCAGAUCUGGGUCCGGUUCUGGGUCCGGGAUCGGCCUGGGACUAGGAUUGGGCAUAGGAUGGGGAACGGGUCGAGAGAUGGGAGGUGUUGAUGUUCAGUCCGAAUCGUCCUCUUGGGCUGAAGACAAGGACAAGGGAUCCGACCGUCCUUCUCCACUCCGUGACAGCCCUCGGUCGAGUGAGAACCGAAAACGUAGAUCCUUCAAGAAGAUUGUGCCUACGCAUCGUCAUACUGGUUCGGCAGAUAGUCUUCGACGACUAGGAAGCGGGUGGAAUGGCGGCAGACGACCUGAGGGAAGAGGCGUAUUUGGCGACAAUAUGGAAGAGGAGAUGGGGAUCCGGACGGCGCCCGGGAGGUUGGAAGGGGUGGGCUCUGAUGCAGGGCCCGGGCUGGGAGGGUUGGGGGAACCCUUCUCGAUCCCCCGAUUUGGUGCAAGGUUGGAAUCGGCCGCGGGAGAGACAGAAUCGAACUUAGAGAUGCCGGGAUUGGACUUUUCGAUCCCGAUGGAUAUCGAUGCGGAUGCACCGAGCGAGAUGCCGCCUUUCUCAUUUCCUCAACGAAAGGGGUUCGGAUUUGCUCGAAACGAGGUCGAGGGAGAGGUUGCGGAUGAACGGCCGGUUUCGAUCUUGCCCGAACUUGCUGUAGUCCCCUCGACACCGGCUUGGGAGGAGUUUUCUCUGCCCGCUCUCGAUUCGAAUUCACCAGGACGCGCCUCAACAUCGAGUCCCUCGCCCGUACCAGAGGAACGAGUCAAGCAGCGGUUCGAGGGGUUCAAAUUCGGACAACCUGCGCCGGCGGAGUCAAAGCCGACCAUGUCUGCAUUUUCGUUUGGCAAAAAGCUCGAACCCGUUGUUGUCAAGUCAGACCCCGUGGCCGACGACAUGCCCGUCUCGGCGGUGUCGAUGCCUAGUCUACCUUCGACUCCGACGAGGAAGAAGCGGCAUUCCCACACUCGCUCGGGGUCGGUCUCGUCGUAUCACGCAUUCUUGCCGCACAGCGGGGUGCCAGCCGCUCCGAGGUCACCUGGCAUGCUGUCGAUCGAUCAGAUGCCGCUCACCUUUUCCAGCCCGAGCGGAAGGCUGAGUCCCGGUCCGUCCAGUCCGACAGAGGGGUUCGAUAUGACCAGCCCUGUCAAGGCUCCGGGAGACAUCAAACUCGAUCGCGAGGGCGCACUCAGGACGCUCGAAGGUGCGAGAAACGGACUCGCUGCUGGUGCGUCAGUCAAUGCAGUGUCAAACUUGACAUGGCCCAUGCCCGGUGUGGAUGGGCUGUUUGGAAGGGAUGGCAGGCGUCUCAGCGCGGGUGGUCUCGGCGCUCAGGGCAAGCGGCGCAGCCGGAAGAGUCUGAUGAUGGAAAAGGCUCAGCAAGAGGCACCCGAGGUGCAGAUUCCCGAUCUCGAUAGCGACGAAGAGAUCUUGGGACAGGACGUCUCGUCGCCGAAUCCGUUCGGGUCGGCUCCGUCAUCACCGCGUCCACCGGUCAAGGAGAGGCCGCUUUCGGGAAUCAUCUUGGCGCCCGCUUCGACUCGGGACUCGUUUGAAAAGAUGUUCAAGGCGCCUCCAGCGGCGGUAGCGCCUGGUUUCGGAUUGACAUUGGCGCCGACCAUGGGCGCGAGCGUCGAGCCGCAUCUGAACACGUUGGUAGAAGAGGAGGAGCCUGACGAGGAAGAGCAAGAGGUUGCGGAUCCGACAACACCUAGGGCCGCCUCCCCGAUAGCGUCUCCGCCACCAGUAUCCUUGACGUCCACCCGGAUGAGACCGCUACGCCUGCUGUCCAUGUCUUCCGAGUCGGCCUCGUCCAUGAGACCGUUCGACGCGGAUGACUCGAUCUCGGAUCGCCAUUCGUUGAGUUUUGAGCGUGGUCGGUCGUCAUCCAUCGAGUCUACCCCCAUGUCGCCCGGGUCGAAUGCGGCGUCCGACGUAUCGACGCGGAGGACGAGCUUUUCUAGCAGGACUUCCGCGUCGGCUAUGGAGGAAUCGGCCAAGGUCGGACGGAGACCCAGAAGUCUGGUAGGAUGGGGCAAGCGGGUGUCAAACGUGAGCUUGAGCGGUUCCGUCAGGACGCUCAACGAGGUGUCCGAGUCGGCCGACGUCGAAGAUCCGCAACACACGCCGCGGGUCACUGGCGCUACGGAGCAAAAGGUUGCCUUGCCUUCAAGUUCGCGAGUUCGCAGGCGCCGCAGUCUUACGGCUCACAGUAUCGCUCUGGGGUCGUUUGAGAACUGUGACGACGUCGCGUUGCUCAAGGAGAAAUUGGCAGACGCCGCGAUGGAACGCAUGGCAAUGGAGCAGGACAUUCAGGAUUGGCGCGGACGAUGUGGAGAUUUAGACAAGCAAUUGAGGGCCGAACGGCAGCAGAGCGGGGUGUUGCGGGAUCGGGUCCGGAGACUCGGCGACCAUCUCUCGCAAAUCUCUUCUGCGGCCAGUCCGUCGGAACCGUCGGUGCUCGAAGUCGACACACCCAGCCAGAUGAUGGCGUCCAUGCGUGAUCAGCUGUUCAAGUUGGCACAAGAAGUUGAGCGCGAACGCAAGGCCAAAGUGGAUGCCCUCGCCAAUGUCGCCGGCCUGCAGGUCCGUCUCGAGGCGCUGGCGCCUGCGGCUCGGAUACAGGAGCCGUCGUAUCAACAAGGUGCUGGUCAUCCUCUCGGCGUCGCCUCGUCUGACCCAACGAGCAGGCUGCGAGGGUUUGCAUUUCCCCGUGGACCGGUCCCUGUGUCGAAAGGCGGCCCCGAAUCCAACGACGAGCUAGGCGCCACGCUAGUUCCGGCGGCCUCGCAUUCGUUCGAGUUGUCUCGACCUCGACACCACUUGCGUCAGGAGAAAUCGGACCGUUUGCCGCCAGUCGUCACCCUCCCGACCUCGCAGCCCUUGCGGCAGCUGGAUUUUCGGGCUUGUUGUGGGGUUUGUCGAGGGAACGUGAUUGAGCUUUAGUGAGGAUGCAUUUUGGGAUUUUCUUGUUUCUCGUUCUCGUGAUAGUAUAGUGUGCAUGGGACCUGGGAAUUGUACAAAGUACGGCCGAAUAUCGUUGUAGCUUAUACCAUCGGAUCAGGACAGA